UAUAUGACCUUCUUAGAUCCUUCGAAUAUACACAUAUAGAACUAACACUUGCACGCCCCCCAGGAGCAUAUAUAUAUAAACACGCAGAGCUCCAUCAGGACUCACAGUAAACCAGAUUCCUAAUCCACUACGUACAUCAAGCAGCUAACGUUAGCCUCAGCUCUGGUAUGCCAAUGAUGAACAUGACGCACGACGACUACGUCCACCUCUGCCUCAUGGCGCUCGCCUCCGUGGCGGCCGGCGGCGACCAAGCAGAACCAGCGAAGGGGCAAUGGCUACAAGCCAUGCCGGCGGCGCCAGCAGCAUGCGAGCUCAGGUUCCGGUGCUCCGUCUGCGGCAAGGCGUUCCCGUCCCACCAGGCGCUCGGCGGGCACAAGGCCAGCCACCGGAAGCGGGCGGUGCUCGUGCUGCCGCUGCAAAGCGUGUCGCCGGCCGAGGAAACGGUGGCAUCGUCGUCCACGUCCUCUGGCGUCGGCAGGCACAGGUGCUCCGUGUGCCACCGGAGUUUCCCGACAGGGCAGGCGCUCGGCGGGCACAAGCGGUGCCAUUACUGGGACGGGCUGUCGGUGUCGCUCUCGGCGUCGGCAUCGGGUUCAGCGUCGUCCGUGAGGGGUUUCGACCUCAACCUGACGCCGGUGCCGGAGAAGGCCGCCGCCGGCAUGCGAAUAUGGGGAGAGGACGAGGAGGUGCAGAGCCCCUUGCCCUUCAAGAAGCGGCGGCUGUCAAGUCCUUCCUCGGACCGUAAUUUAAUACUCCUUGAUUGAUUGAUUAAGUGUGCUAGAGCUGUCGGUCCCGCCGUUCAAUCAUUGUUUAUUUCCACUUUUGUUUUUGAGCCUGUUGUUUAUUUCCACUUGAGAGCUCCGUUUCUGAUUACCUCUUGAUUUGUACAGUACAUCCUGAAUCAUUUGUGACUUUUGGUCAGCUGUUGACACAUUCGAUGCAAUAAA